UGUAAGUUGCAUUUUACUGAGGAUUGGGGAAUAAACAGCAGUGUAGCGGACACAAUCUGCCAAGAAUCAGAUAAGUAUUAUUUAAUUUAGUUAAAUUUUAAAUUAAAUAAUGAUCAGUAAAACUAACAUUAGGCCGAGAAGCUACAUUUUUUCCUUCCCUCUGAUUCUGGAGCCAUUCACAGAAAAAAGAUGUUUUGUACAGUAUGUGGCCGGUGGUGCAGCAGAUAAAUGUAAAAGUAAUAUUUAUUUUUUAUUUCAGUUCAUAGUUAUUUUGCUUUAAACUCUUGUGUCGGUGCACAUCCAUUCUCUUUUAGGGCACAGAAACAUUCAAGCAUAGUCUAAUUAAUCAGAAUGAGUAAUGGUUUCUCCAAAUCGCUUACUGUACCAUCCAGAGUUUUCAUGCUUGUAAUUUAAAUUUAAAUUAAGCACUUUAGUUCACUCCUCCAUUUCAGUAAAUUAGGUCUGAUGGAGUCAAUUUUACAAACAUGUCUCUCUCUCUCUACGUGAGUGAUUUACAGUAGUGAAAUCAAACUUAUCCUCUACAUGUGUCUGGCUCUUCUCCCCGGUAACCUGCUCAAGGCCCCCUGCUGCCACUCACGCCACACUUUGCGCAGAACUAAUUUGACAGCCACCGCACGGCCCCGGUGGUCCCUGACCCUCUCUACCCCACCCAAAUCCCAUUGAUGGACCACAAGCAGCCAGUGGAGUUACAGCCGCUGUGUGUUGGUAUCCGCUAUGCCAGACUGCAGCUCAUUGAAACCCCCUCCGCGCCGCAGAUUAUCGGACCGAACCAUUGCCGCAGUUCAGGUUCCAGCACCUGUCACACUAGGCUCUCCAUCCGCAGACCGCCGCGCGUCGCCGCGGCCCGGUGCGCUCCCUCCGACCGUACUGCGGACGCGCGUCGGACGCUGCCGCCCUGCGGACGCCGGCCCGGCGCAGCCUCUGGUGAGACGAGCGGCCGAAUCGCACCGACACCCCCAUUGUGCGCCUGGCAGCAUCACCCACCGCCUGCAAUGGCGUUGUAGCGGCUCCAGUGCGCCCGAGCGACUCCACGGCGGCGAUUCCGUCCCGCACUGUUGACGCGUGCGGGAUAGCGAUGUUAUUAUCGAGCGGCUUCCAGCCACAGCGUCCAUAUUCUCCAGCAGCUCGGCGUUUGUUUAUUCACGCGUCAAGCGAAGCCGGAGCCAUGAACGUGUGACUGGGCUUAGAGGAACUAAAAGCAUCCGUGGGAUCAGAUUAGGCAGCGCCGCAGUAGGUCAGAAUAGACUCCUCACUCCCGCGUUCUAACGAGGCCACAGCGAUGCUGACAUCCCGUCUCAAUCCAAAGACGACAUCAUGCUGAAGACAGAGGUCUCGGGGGAGAGGACCAGCCUCCGGAGCGCCUCUCCCCACCGCAACGCCUACCGGGCCGAGUUCCAGGCGCUCAAGAGGGCCUUCGACCAGCCUCGGCUCGAUGGAGACCCCAAGCCCAAAGAUCCGGAGGCCAAGCAGCCAAGGGGCCGGCAGUACGGCGCCCACGUCAGCCGCAUCAAAGACAUGUUCAUGCAGAUGGGCUCCGACAACGCAGCAGCCAAGACCAGGGGACGGGACGAGUCCUCGCCGCAGAAGCUGGUCAAGCCCACCAACUUCAUAAACAAGGCGGAUGGAUCGGUGAUAAGACUCCAGCAUUCCUCGUCGUCGGACAGGGUUGGAGGUGCCGGGGCGAAGUUCUCCGAAACCAGAAAGCUGUUCGAGCAGCAGUCGCGCGACCAGUCCCAGUCGCCCGUUUUCCCCUACGGACGCGACAAAAGGGGUUCCCACGAGCACCUGGAUGAGUGGCGCGGCGCGAGGUCCAAUCGAGGCAGCACCGACUCCCUGGACUCCCUCUGUUCCCGAACCGAGGCGUCCUCGCCGACCGUCAGCCAGCUCAGCGCGGUGUUUGAAAACGCCGACCACCUCAACCAGGGCGUGAGCUACAGGGGCGUCAGCAGACGAGCCCUCUACUCACCAGAUGGGUUCCAUCGCCACGGGGGCGACGUCAGUGAGGAUGACUCUCGGCAGUCCCCAGUUCGAGGGACCUACCGGAGCAGGGGAGGGGGGAAAUUCCCCACAUCGCUCUCCUCUGAGGACCUUCUCGCCCCCAGUCCGGGGGACACUUCAGAGCUCAAACCACAGGAGGAGCAAUCCCAAGACAAAACAGACAAGAAUGACACUUUGGGUAGAGGUCGACAGUGCUUAUCCGGGACAAACACAAAUGGAAGACAGGUCAAUGGUUCUUGCGAAGAAGAAGGGAAACCUUCGGAAACAGGGCCAUACAGCGAGGACCUAGGGGUAUCCAAAGCAUCAAAACCUAGAGAUGAUGUCAUCAUUCCAGCUCAAUCUUGUAAAGAUGACCCUUCAGAGCCCCCACCGACCCCGUCUACACCCGCUGGGGAAAGCCAGGAGGACGGUUCAAGGGAGGACAAGGCCCCCGAAUCUCCCAAAGACCAGGGAGAGGAACUGGACGAGGACUACGCGGGGAACGAGCGCGUGGUUUUCAACGCAGACGGGGACGCCUGUUACCAGGGCUGGGGCGAGAGCUGCACGGAUCCCGAGGACGACCUGUACGGCGACGACGAGGAUAUUGUCUACGACCCAGGCUCCGAUCUGACACAGAUUCCCGGCCUGCCGGAGGAAAACAAAGAGGACAUCCCUCCGAAGAGGAAGAUCCGCUUCAGCACUGCUCCCAUUACAGUGUUCAACACCUACUCCAAUGAGGACUACGACCGACGUAACGAGGAGGUGGAUCCCGUGGCCUCCUCCGCAGAGUACGAGCUGGAGAAGAGGGUGGAGAAACUGGAGCUCUUCCCAGUGGAGCUGGAGAAAGACGAGGACGGCUUGGGCAUCAGCAUCAUUGGGAUGGGGGUCGGUGCCGAUGCCGGCCUGGAGAAACUGGGCAUCUUCGUGAAGACGGUCAUCGAAGGCGGCGCCGCGGAGCGAGACGGCAGGAUCAAAGUGAACGACCAGAUUGUGGAGGUGGAUGGGACCAGUUUAGUGGGCGUCACCCAGAGCUUUGCUGCUUCCGUCCUCAGAAACACAUCGGGAGUAGUCCGGUUUGUGAUUGGCCGAGAGCGUCCGGGCCAGCAGAGCGAGGUGGCCGCUCUGAUCCAGCAGACCCUGGAGCAGGAGAGGAGGCAGAGGGAGCUCCAGGAGCAGCAGUACGCCCAGUACGACGCCGACGAUGACGAGCAGACGGGAGAGUACGCCACCGACGAGGAGGACGCGGCGACGGCGGCGGCGGAGGGCGAGAAGAGCAUCGAGGUGUUCGACCUGCCGGAGUCGGAGGAUGUCUUGUCUCCCUCGGAGCUGGACGCGACCAAACUCUACCAGAAGUUCCGAGAGCUUCAGAUCAAACACACAGUGACUGAGGCCGAGAUCCAGAAGCUUAAAAGCAAGUUGGCGUCAGUGGAGAAGGAGAAGCAGCGCUGGGAGAAGGAGAAGAGCCAGCUGAAGGCCAGCAUCGAGGAGAACAAGGAGAGGAUGCUGAAGCUGGAGAGCUACUGGAUCGAGGCGCAGACCCUGUGCCACACUGUCAACGAGCACCUGAAGGAGGCCCAGGCUCAGUACCAGGCGCUGGAGAAGAAGUACAACAAAGCCAAGAAGCUCAUUAAAGACUUCCAGCAAAAAGAGGUGGAGUUCAUCCAGAAGGAAGAUGCGGAGAGGAGGCGGCUGGAGGAGGCAGAGAAAGCUCACCUGGCAGAGAUCCAGGGGCUGCAAGUCAGGAUUGCAACGCUGGAGUCGGAGCUAAUGCAGCUGAUGAAGCAGAAUGGCAUCCAGGUCAACAACAACAACAGCAACAGCUCCGACAGGCUCCGCGCUCGGCAGCACAGCCCCGACCGCGCCGCAGCACAAGGCAGAGACCUGACAGAGGCCUCCUCCCGCUCCCCCAGCAAAACGAAGGGCCACAGAGGCGUCGUCAGAGACACCAUCAGCUCCGCAGAAGGAGAGGUCUCAGAGGGACACAACAGUCCGGCCCGCGGUCGCUCCAGUUCGAUCCGCGGCGCGACCCCCGGUGAUGGAGGAGCGGCGCUACGGCAGCCUGGGAGCGCGGAGAGCUCCCCAAGACGGUCGCUGUGCUCGUCAGCAACUGUAGUGAUCCAUCACGAUGGUUCUCAGUCGCCUGCAAAGUCGAGCCCCUCUCACGGUCUGAAGGAGCGUGUGCAAUCUGUAAACCCUGGCUCUACAGAUCCAUCAGCGGAGGACAGUCCAGGGAAACACAUGUUCAAGGGCCCCGGCGCCGGCGAGGACCUGAGCGGCAGCAGCAGCAGCUCCGUGGAGCUCAGCGGCCUGCAGAGCGAGGCCAAGACGUCAGGACACUCGCACAGCCUGGUGCUGUCCUCAGAUGAGAGCCUGGAUAUGAUAGAUGAUGAGAUCCUGGACGAGGGGCGGUUCCCGAAGCAGUAUCAGUGGCAGAGCCGCGGUAUUACCGAGUGGAGCUCCCAGCAAGUGGCCCGCUGGCUCAUGGGUCUCAACCUAGAACAGCAUAUUCUAGAAUUCACUGCCAAAAACAUAGACGGGGAACAGCUGCUGCAGCUGGACAGCGCUGAGCUCAAGGCACUGGGAGUGACAUCAUCGCAGGACCGUGCCCUGAUCAAGAAGAAGAUCAAGGACCUCAAGGUUCUGAUGGAGAAGGCGAAGAGGAGCCGCGAGAAGGCGGAGAAGCUACGGAGGAAGGAGCUGGAGCAGCGCAAGGGGAGCGAGGCCGAGUGACGUGGACCGGCGGACCUCCUCCUUUACCGUAGCACCACAGCGGGUGGCGUCAUGGAGCACAGUGGAGCCGGCCUGCUCGCCGGGUGGGCAGUUGUCAGCGGUGGAGCCCCCACCGCUCCACUGCCCUGACUGCUGAGGUUGGGCGACUUCUCCACCAAGUAAAUGAAACCAAAACGACCACCAGGACGACAGGAUGCUUCCCCAUCGUUCGCCUCCCUCAGUCCAGCCCCUCCUCUCACUCACUUCUAUUUAUUUGGCUGUUCAUAAGCUUGUAAAGUUGGUUUAUUUAUUCAUAUCCAGAAUAAGUCUCAUCCUCAGAGCUGCCUGUAUUAGCCUCCUUUUAGACCCAGUGACCAUGUACAUAUAAAGCGGAUUCAAAAUGUCUGACGUGCCAUUUUCAUAGACUUCCUGUUUUCAUAGAACCCUGUGCAGAUGACUCUCCACUGCUCGGGAGUCUGUGCAGUGGCAGUUCCCAUCUUCCACCACUAGGUGUCCUCGCGCUGCUCAUGAACAAUGGCAAUACUGGAACUUUAUCCAACAGGAACAAGACUCUGUCUGCAGGAAGCUGUACUGUAACUGUGACCGGGGCUGGAUGGUACACAUGUACAGUACUAAAGUACCCACAGUACUGCAGUACUGCACCACUGUCUGUGGACUGGUGAAACAGAAGAUGUUCAAAUGAACUUUCCCACUUAGAUGCAUAACGUUGCUUUGAGUCUGCUUGUAACCUGCUUUUGACCUCUUUUUAUAUUCUCUUAAUAAUGAAGUAAUACCCCGCUGCUGCCUUUAGGAACUCCAGAGUCGUAGGAUUUUUCUGAACUCUACCCGCUUCUGUGUGAGUGCUGAAACACAACAGUAGACGGAACAUUUCCGAAGCUGUCAUAGAGAUAGUUCAUUUGUGUGAUAGGUGGAGUAGCUGAUGCUACUGAUGUUACACUGGAAAUACCUGUACCCGAUAGAGGACUAUCAUCCUGGCUCAGUAAGAUUUAAAAAACCUUUUAAAUAUUUUUAUGUCUGUACUUUAUGCAGUUCUUCUUUUAGGAAUUCCGGGCUUCUCCGUGUUACUUCUUCACCAUUCCCCAGAUUCAUUCCGUAGGUUUACAGUGAACAUGGAGACGAACGAAGGCAGCUUUGGUUGUGAGUUCCUUAUGUUGUACUGCUAAGAAGGAGGAAUAGUCAGGGUUUUAAAUACCUCCACACAAGGCCAUAGUAACACAGGUGUUAUUUAUUUAUUUCUGUAUUUAACAGUGCAACAGAUUAUUGUUUAUUAUAACCUAUACAAGACUAUUAAGAACACCUAAUAAGAGUUUAUCCAGAAUUGUAUGAUUACCUCUUUUUGCCAAACAUAAUAAGAACUCAUUAACUCGAUCCUUAUCAAAUCAAGCUAAUCGUUUGGUGAAUGCAGAACAGAGUGAAGCAGUGUCGCGUUGUUCUUGUGUGAUUUCCUCUAACACAACCAUAGUGCUGCUCUAACUAGUGCUCCAAUAACCUGCUCAUCCUGUAUUCCUAUCAAUAUUUUGUACCUUUCUGUGAAUACCCGCCGUCGUCCGACUGCAGUCUUUUGAUUCUUUUUUAAUGUAUAGUAAAACACUGAGAGCAAUACAGUACGAUGUAAGAAUCCUAAGGUUGUGUGUGUGUGUGUGUGUGUGUGUGUGUGUGUGUGUGUGGUGGAGGCCACAGGUCCAGGCCUGAGCUCAGGUGUGAUGUCAAAGCUUUUCUGUUGUAUCGCGAUGAAGCGCUUGGUGCUACUUGCAGACACAAACAAGAAGAAACCCGUUUGAACCCGUUUGUCGCGUCGGGACGUGUUCAUCGUUCACAGCUACUGAAUGGCCACUUGUCACACUGAAUACAACGUGCAGUCACUGUUUGCUUUUGUAUCGUCAAUUUUUUUCCUCUACAUAGAUUUUGACCUCUCUAUUACUUUCUGUCUUUGUCUACAAACUCAUUUGAAACCUAGGAUCCCAAUGAAGGUUUAAGAUUAAAAUGAAAAAGAACAAUACA